AUGGAAAAAACCACAAAAAAGCCAAAGGCAGAAUUAAUCGCAAUUUACCGGUUGGAAUUUUAUAAAAAACAAAAUAGUUGGAAAUUAAACAAGGAUAUAAAACGUAAAAAAUAUAAGCUCGAGAAAAAAAAUAUAUUUAAUAAAACUUAUGAUGUAGAUGAACCAAAAACACAAUCAUGUUUGCUUAAUGAAGCCUUUGUAGAGACUGAUUCUGAUAAAGAUAAAAGCAAUCUACAGUCCCCCUCCACACCUACAAAAUAUGAAUGCUUAAGUCAUAACUACCCAACUACCCAACCACUCCAGAAACAAAUUGAAAAAUGCACAGAUGCACAGCAAUGGAUUAACCCUGUUCUAAAAUUUCAAGAAAAAGAAUCUGAAAGUACUUGGGACAGAGAAUGUUGGACUGCUGACCAAGAUUGGCUAGAUUUUCAUAGUUACCCUGGACAGAGAGAAGGAUAUUGGGUAGAUAGUAAUGAAAAUUGGAUGCAUACCUCAACAUUUGAUCAGCUUUGGUCUAAAGACGUGUCCCCAGCGAUUAAUGAAUUAGAUUGUGGUGACAAUGCAGCAACCAUUUUGUGCCACGCUGAAAACUGGCUUCAAAAGGAUGAUCACUUGUGGCUGCCAGAUGAAGCGGAUAUCAACUGGAUGAAUGAGAAUAUGCUUUUAUGCGCCGAGACCGAGGGAAGUGCUAAAAGCGAAGAGUCCGCUGACAGCUGGUUGGAGUUCAUGCGUGGCGCUGACAUUGCACCCCAUUCCUCGAAGAUCGUGCUGACUUUACCAGAAGCGUUAAGCGAGGUCGAUGUAUGCGGGGAUUCCCUGGCGCGUUUGUCGUCUGAGCAACUGAAAGAGGCAGUAAGGGCACACUCGUUUGUUCUGCGCAGGCUGCUUAGCGAGGAGACUGAACGGCGGCGCAUCCGUUCAUGUCUCUCUCUGAGCGGGCGCUCGGUGGAGCGGCCCGUGUUCGCGCCGCGCCCCGCCACCGACUGCAGCAGCUGCGACGAGCAGCCCACGCGCGACUUCGACCCCUCGCUUCAUAGCCACACGGGCGGUAAUCCCUUGCACCGCGAGAGGACGUUCGCGAUGGCGGCCGAAGAUAUGUUCCUCGCCGGAUCCCAUAGGAACGCGGAUCUGGAAGUGUUGGGCAGGGGCAGGGGGCGUUUGCAAAGCGCCAGAGGGCGCGACAGUCGUGACGUGAUUAUAGGGAUUGGUAGAGGGCGGCCGUUUAGACAGGCA